CUAACACAAGAAGCAUCAGUAGCAAUGUCUACUCCUAAUCCAGAGCCAGUGUUUGUCAAAGAGCUAGCUGAUAAGUACAAGUGUAGUAUUUGUACUAACCUUCUAGACACGCCAGUUCUAACUGAAUGCUGUGGACAACAUUUUUGCAAAGCUUGUAUAGAAAAGUGGAUUAUACGAAAAAAGAAAUCUAUUUGCCCUCAGUGUCGAGCAGAAAACUUCAAUAAGAUAGUUUCCCAGCCGAUAAUUAGAGAGAUCAAAGAGCUUGGAGUGUAUUGUGCGAAUGAUAACAAUGGGUGUAAAGCUGUUAUUAUUUAUGGAGAUUUUCAGAAGCAUGUGGACGAGUGUCUGUUUGGAGGUGUCGAAUGCACUAACGAUUGUGGUACGGGCGGAUUGCUAAGAAAGAACCUCCAACGGCAUUGCAAACAAAAGUGUCCUAAUCGAAUAGUUCACUGUGAGCUUUGUAAUGAAGAGGGUAAGUAUUCGGUAAUAGUUGGAAGGCACAUACAAACUUGCCCUAGCGUUAUUUUAGAAUGCCCUAACAAAUGCAACGAGAAAGUAAAGAGAAAAGAUAUCGAAGAGCAUAGAAACGAGUGUACAUUUGAGAUUGUGGAUUGUCCUUUCAAAGAUGUUGGUUGUGAAGUGAGGCUGCCUCGUAUACGUGUUGAAAAGCAUGAAAUGACAAGCAUACAAAGCCAUCUUAGACUCAACAUGAAAGCUACAGCUACUGUCAAGAGAGAGAAUAAGGAACUAAAAAGAAGCAACGAUAAACUAAAAAAAAGCAACAAUGAACUAAAAGAAGACUUUGACACGAUUUUAUCAGUUGUAUCAACAGGGCUUAGUUCAAUGGACAUUCCCCCAAACAAUAGGAAACCAAUGGAUGGUAUUAAAACAAUACUAACCUCCCUAACCACAAUGAUUCAACCUGAUGGCAAGACCCGCUGUGUACACAUGAGCAACAAACUGGGAAUAUUCAGAGAUCCACAAUUAAAAGAGUUGUCUAGCAUUAUUCAAGCAAGUUCACCACCACUAUGCAUAUACCCGGGAUUCAACAUCUACCUUGCAUUUGGUAAUGAUAGUUUAAAUAAACUAUUUUUGCUUUUGUUUGAGAAAAGUACUAUCCACGGUUACCCUGAGACACUGUCUAUUGAAGUGCAGUCUACAACAGGACCACCAUUCUCACGUUCCCUAAAUGACGUUUCAUCAACAACCCACCAAAGUGACUCGGGAAGAGAAUUUAGGUACAUAGUGUGUAAUACAUCGCCUAUUCUAGUUACAAACAAUUUCUUGAACAUUAGGAUCACUGACAUUUCUUAGAGCAAAGACAAUCUAGCAACUGUAGUAGAGGAGAGCCUUCUAAUGUGUAUAUAUACCACACAAAGCGUUAAUUGUGAACCUAUAAUGAAGUAAACUUGAUUGACCUUCAGGCCCGGGAAUAUUAAGUAUAUAGGAUAAGACAACACAACGACAUGUAGUAGCAACAAGCGACCACUGAGAGUAUUGCACGUUAUUACACUAUAUAAUCAUCAAACUCACUAGACCACACCCACUACAAGCAAACUAUCGACACAUUAACUGAUACUAACUUCCAAUGGAUAUCUGAUUAUAAUAACUACUAGACAACCAAGCAUAUAACAAUAUCAACUAGAGCACUAAAGUGCAAACCCUCGGCUGGUGACAUGAUAAUAAAGAAACCAGAAGAGU